AAACUGCGACAGCGCCAAUGGCAGCAAAACACAAGCGCUGAGGCGAAGAGGAUGACAGCAACAAGGUCCACAUAGUUUGAUUAAGCCUGCUUACGAGUGUGUGUUGCUUUCCACAAACAGCCUGUAGUGCAACAGUCCAGCACUGAGUAUGAUUCCAUGGUUGCAGUGGAGGUGAGGAAGCAUGGGGUGGAAAUCUGAGGUGUCAAGACAAACGUGAUGACAGCAUGGUCCAUGUUGGAGAAACUCAAAAUGGAAAAACGCCCAUGCAGGGAGGAGAAUAUUGACUCAAGCGAGGCUCAGCAUGCCACUGAUGAGUCUGAGGAUGGAAGCAGCUCGGAGAGUGAGUCGGAAGAGCGGCAGCGUCAGAGGGUUCAAGUGAACAACAGCAGCUGCAAAAAGCGUGAGCCUUUGGCUGUCGCAAAACCCCAUCGACAGCUAUGCCGAUCUCCAUGCCUCGACCGACCCAGUUUUUCCCAGUGUAGCACGGUACAAGAUCGUGAGGAUGAGACCAGCACGAGAUCUGGGAUUAAGGCCGCCAGCAACAGGGAAUACCAGACGAAGAUGGAAUUUGCUCUGAAGUUGGGAUAUUCAGGAGAGCAGGUGGAGACUGUGCUCAACAAGUUGGGGGCUGCAGCUUUAAUUAACGAUGUUCUUGCUGAGUUAGUAAGGCUUGGAAACAAAGUGGAGCCUGAGAUUCAACUUUGCAGCAGUACAGCCACACUGACAUCACGGUCCCCAGGUGUUAAAGAGGUCGCUAGUCCAGAAGUGUCAGUGGAAGAGGAAUCAGUGGAUAUCAUCGAUAACCUCAGGCCCAUCGUCGUUGAUGGCUCUAAUGUGGCAAUGAGCCAUGGCAACAAAGAGGUAUUCUCUUGUCGUGGUAUCCAACUUGCUGUUGAGUGGUUUCGGGAGAAAGGGCACAAAGACAUCACUGUGUUUGUUCCAGCCUGGAGAAAGGAACAGUCAAGGCCCGACGCCCUCAUCACAGAUCAAGAAAUAUUACGCAAGCUGGAGAAAGAGAAGGUCUUGGUUUUUACUCCAUCUCGGAGAGUUCAAGGCAGAAGGGUGGUGUGCUAUGAUGAUCGCUUCAUAGUGAAGCUGGCUUAUGAUUCUGAUGGAAUUAUUGUGUCGAAUGACAACUACAGAGACUUGCAAAAUGAGAAGCCCGAGUGGAAGAAGUACAUAGAAGAGCGUCUCCUAAUGUACUCGUUUGUCAACGACAAGUUUAUGCCGCCUGAUGAUCCACUGGGAAGACAUGGCCCAAGCCUCGAAAAUUUCCUCCGCAAGCGUCCCGUUGUUCCAGAGCACAAAAAACAACCCUGUCCCUAUGGAAAAAAGUGCACAUAUGGACAUAAGUGCAAGUACUAUCAUCCAGAGCGCGUCAACCAGCCACAGCGGUCAGUUGCUGACGAACUACGGGCCUUUGCCAAAUUGUCUGCAGUGAAGACGAUGAGUGAGGGGGCUUUGGCUAAAUGUGGUACUGGUCCGGCAGCUGCAAAGGGGGACAGCCACACUGAGGCCAAACGUGUGGCCCCUAAACGUCAGUCUGACCCCAGUAUCCGUCCAGUGGCCUGUGAACCUCUAGAGGCACUGUCCGUCAUUAGAAAGUCUGAGACAAAUUCAGUGCCUUCCCUUGUGUCUGCCCUCAGUGUGCCCACCAUGCAGCCUGCCAAGAGCCAUGCAGCCGGGGCCUUGAACACAAGAUCAGCCAGCAGCCCAGUGCCGGGUUCUUUGCAGUUCUCACGCAGUUCUCUGGAGCACAUGUCUAGUGUACAGUACCCUCCUAUUUUAGUUACUAAUAGCCAUGGCGCCUCUGUAACAUACGGUGAUCAGUUCCCCAAGUAUGACUCAGUUAGCGACCAUGGAUAUUAUUCACUGCACAGUGAUUUCUCAAACAUGAGCAUGAGCAGCAUGCACAAUGUUGACAGUUUCUGUAGCAUGGAGCACGAGCAUGGUGUAUAUCAGAGAAAUCCAAGCCACUGCCCCGAAUCCUGCCUCAGCCAUUCAAACAGCGACUCAUUCUCCUCCUACGGGGACCUGUACCCAAGCUCUGUGGACAGUAGCUUAGAGGAGAGCAUGAAGGUGCAGCAGCAGUCUCCUGCACAGAGUCGCAUGCAUUCGUUCUCCCAUGGGUUUCGCCAUGAGGCGCUGACCAGGGUGCAGAGUUACGGACCAGAGGAACCUAAGCAGGGCCCCCGUAAGCAGCCUGGAUCUCAUCUAGCGCCACAUCUCCAGCAUGCUGCAGUCGGCGCCAGGUCCAGCUGCCCUGGAGACUAUCCCCUCACUCAGAAUGUCCUACCACCUCUGUCCUCACAGCCAACACGGUCUCUCGGUAUGACUCGUAUGGAUAGUAUAUCAGAUUCAAGGCUGUACGAUAGUAACCCAAUGAGACAGCGGCGACCUCCACUGUGUCGUGAGCAGCAUGCAAGCUGGGACCCUCUGCCUUGUAGUAAUGAGUCUUAUGGAUAUCAUUCAUAUCCACUGAGUAACAGCCUGAUGCCGUGUUGCGAGCGGGUGAUGGUCCGCAGCAUGCCAGACAAAAUGGAACAAAUCUGGAACUCGCCAUGGGACACCCCAUCUGCAGCUGAACACCAUGAUCGGUAUGUGAUCCCAGACCACCAGUAUCAAACAUAUCGGAACCUUUGUAACAUCUUUCCCGCUUACGUAGUUCACACAGUAAUGGAGAAGAACCCUCAUUUGACAGACCCACAACAACUUGCUGCUGUUAUCGUUACAAAACUGAGGUCAUGCCACUGAGCAGUUCACCACAUGAAACACUCAAAAGUGCUGUGAUGAGGGAAAGGAAUUUUAAUAGCGAAGAUAGGCACUUGUUCAAGGUUGCUCCAUGUGCAACAUAUCCCCUCAGGAGAUUAGUAAAGUUUUUUAAUGUCUGAUGGGAAAUCUGGUGAUCACAUUUCACAUCACUAAGAUGACAGGUGUAAUAAGCAUAGAGGAAGAUUGUCUGAUAAAUAUAAGUUGAAUUUUGAGAUUUGUUUCAUAAACGAAGUUGAUCGAGAGAUCUACCUUAUUAGAAAUAAUGUUCAUAACACAUUCAUACAACCUGAGCAGGAGCUGUAUAGUAGCUUCCCACCAUGUUCAUGAUUAACUUAAGCUUCAGUCAUUAUUGUCUGCUAACAUUUAACAGGACUGUUAAAUGUCCUUCAGAUCAAUUGAUCUUCAGUUGAUUACAUUGUAAAUAAAAUUGUGUGGAGCCCCCAAAGUGUUUAAUAUUUAAUAACUAAUUUCAUGAAUAAAUAAAUAGUGUAAGAAACAGUACUAAUGUAGCUAGCUAGUGUAAUACUGAAGUUUGUCCUUUUGUGAGUUAGUGUGAACUAAGUUGAUCAGCAAACAGCUUUGCUACAUGGCAGCACAGUCCAGAUGGGAAGUAAUAACUCAGCAUUGUCUCCCAUAUUUGCCUUAUUAAAUCUGACAUGGAAAGUACAUUGACAUUUGUACACCAUGUACUUUUUUGAAGAUCUUGUUCAGGCCCUGUGAAUGUGUUAUGAAAGGAAUCUAAAGUGUUUCUGGUGCAGUGGAACUAUAAAUAACAUAGCUUAGGUCUGCCUCUGCUGUAAAUAACUCUUUUCUUUUUGUGUGUUUAUUUUGAAGAGAAGUAAAGAGGAGGUGGGCACAUAACCUCACAGCAUGACCUAUGACAUUUAAUGGCCUUAUAUCUGAAUGACCUCACGCUUUAGUCAUUGUCUGAUUGGUUUCGAUGGAAAUAGAAGUCGUUGAAGCCUCCUAUACUUUCAAAUGUAAAAGCACUAUCUCAGUAUCUAAAGAGAUAUAUUUUCUCAGCCUCACGUAACAAAGCUACUAUUUUGGUAGAUUUUGACAGUGCACAAAAACGAGCCAAAAAAGAGAUUUGACUUGUAUACAUGUGCACAUAUUUAUGUACAUAGAAUCACACAAAAGCCAUUGUCUCAACGUCAUUUAUAAGCUGCUAAAUAAUGCCAAAAAAAGAAUUUAUAUAGCAUUAGCGUUCUACAUAACUUAACAUUUUGGGUAACAGGAUAGACUGGAAUAUAGUAUAAACUAACAUCUGUGCUUGGAUCAUUUCCUAUAGUGUAUAGUAAAGCUUUUUAUUGGAUGCCACAUCCAGGAUUUUUCUAUUUAUAUAUUUGUCCAAUAUUCUGUGCUGGUUCAUUUCAAUGUGAAAAUAUUCUCUUUAUCUCAGUUGCUCUAAGUGACUCCUUCAAGUUGUCAGUUCUGAAGUUAGUUUUUAGAAACGGGUUAACUUUUCAAAUAGUAAUUUUACAUGCACUUAAGUGGUUUGAUGAUUUCCAGCCUUUGUCUCUUUCUGACAUGAAAAAUGAGAAACCUGGUUAUUAUAUCAGUUUAAGACAUAAAGAGAAACAUCGCUAUAGAUUUGAUUUUGUUUUAGUUUGUGCUUGACAGAGAUCCAGGCUGUGGAACUUGUCAUAACUCUGGCAGUAAUGAAAGGAAAAUUGUAAUCGUUACUUGUUCAGAAUAAUUCCAUCUAAAGUCCGGUUUAUGCUUUUGACAGGCACUCAACAAAACAACAUGCUGUCCUAUGACAUAUUCUAUUAUAUAACAUAUUAAAUACGCUUGACAGUUUGACAGUGUGGAGGAGAGAGGGGGCAAAUCAGCUUUCUGAUAAAACUGCAUGUUGUUGUCGGAUUUGAAAGAAAUACAUUUGCAGUGCAUCUGAUCGAAUGCCCAAUAUCAUGCCUUAACCUGAUUCAACCUGUUUCUCAUGUGCAUGUCUAAAACGUAUGAAAUACACAGGGCUGUGAUGAGACCUAAGGACAAUUUUCUUUAUAGAGAAGGAAGCAGUGUUUACAUCACGGUUUAAAUGUUUGCACAAGUAAUUCUAAAAAAACAGACUGAAAAUGUACCUGAUAUUACUUUUAUCUGAUAAAAUGAUAAAAAGCGGUUGGGCCUUGGAAUGAGUUAAAUUAUUAGAUUCAUUUUGUGAUAUCAUUAAGAGUAUGAUAAGGUUUCAUAACUGUACAAAAAAAAUGAAGUGAAUGCUAGAAAAAAUGUCGGUGAUGACAUUUAUUGUAUCUUAUUUUGUUUGGGGAAGGGGGGGGGGGGGGUGGCUGAGAAACCAGGCAUACAGUAUGCAUCAUACAUGCUACCAGUCUCCAGGGAAAGGAUCGUGGAAGGGUCGGGAUGUGCCUUGCAGCACAUUGCUCUCAGGAUGCUUUCAGUUUUCUAACUAUCAGUCUUUUUCUGCCAAAAACCAGUGGUGAUAGGCAAGAGUCUCCUCUGGGUGAGUGAAGAUCUAUUUUGUGAAAAUCCUACAUGUAACAUGUAGUACCUUUUAAAAAAUAUAAACAGUUUUGUACAGUUUUACGUGGAGAUGGUGUUGCAAACUUUGUACUUUUUUGUGUUUAUGCUUGUUAUGCACCAUGAGAACUAGAAAUCUGGGCUAAUAGGUCGGCUUUACAUGAUGGAGCUUUGGUCAGAUGAAGUGACGUUUGUCCAUAAGCGUGCAAGAAACAUUCAGCCCUACAACUGCAGAGAAGUUGUAACGAGUAAAGACGACCCUAAUAGCAAGAGAAUGCCUGGGAUGGCAUUUAAAGGGAAAUGCCACUUAAUUUCAGGAUUCAGGUAUGGUACAUCUAGUACUUCAUGCAUGACUCGGCAUUACAAAUUUACAGUAUCGCAUGGGGUACCCUUGUCUUAAAGACUCCAUUGUGAGUUGUAUAAAAAUGACAAGGGGACAGUUUAUUUUUUGGUGUUUUGAUUAUCGUAAGAAAUAUUUAAAAACACAGGAAAGUGAUGCAGAUUUCAAAAAAACGGAAAGUUUGGCACCCAACUUUGUUUUGAUGACGUCACAGACCUGUCAAUUUAUUAUGUGAUUUUGGAAAGUGUUUGUGAUUACCAAAAAAAAAAUAGUUUGAGAAUUUUUAAACUGAGUGGUAUUACUCUUUAACAGGGCUAAUUGUGUGAGCCUGACUUUUUUUCUGAUUGGUGGUGCUUCAAAAAUAUAUAUUUCUUUACAAUGUUUAGUUACUACCUUGGUAUAUUAGCUGAUAUAAAGAAAAAAAUUUGAAUGUGUUUUUGCCCAAAUGAAUUUUGGGCUUUGCUGACUUUGGUUUUUCAUGAAAAAGACAGGGCCACUUGGGGCCGGCUGUCUUUUCAUGAGAAGGUGAAACAAACUGCCUAAAUGUUUCUUCAUGUGAAACAAUCAGAUUGCAAGGCUGCUGUCAAGGUUGUUCCUGGCAUUUGGCUCAAAGUUUGCGGGCCGUCCUUUCCUUGAGAUCGUUGAAUUGUCAUAGAUUACAAAAAGAAAUGAGCUAAAAUAAUUAGGUAAUCUGCCACUGGUUGAAAUGGUUAUCUGGUGGUAGUGAACUCCUUGUUUAACCUGAACACUGGAAGAGUCAGUCGCCCAGAUGAUCUUAGAGCACAUUUACUUUAUAUGUGUUAAGGAAUUUGGAAUUAUAAUGAAGGUCACAAGAAACAAAAACGUAAAAAAAUUUAAUAACAAGGCUUCAAAUUAAAUUUGGCUGGAUAUUGUUAUUUUUUUGUAACAAUUUUUUAAUAACAGUAUUGAUGUUAACUGUUCUAAAUUUUCAAAGACUACAUUUUCAAAAUUUCAUCCAGAUAAAGAAAAUGUAGGACUUAAAUUGUUUCUGAUAUUUCAUAUAUUUAAAUGUCCCUGUACCUCAGACUACUUCCAGAAAGUAUCUGUUUUCACUGGGCGAUUGACCUAUUUUAAUCUAAAAGUAAAUCCUUUACUAUCACAACUUAAGUCUCAACAAAAACGAUCCAGUAUGUUACUGCUUUACACUUACAGGCCAGAAUGGUAACUCCCUGUCCCCACCCUCCCUUUGAAAGUUCCGCAAACAACUAAGCCACAAAUGUCCAGAAUUGACUUUUGCUUGUUGAUACAAAUUGUAUCUAUACCUUGAAUGUAAAAAAAUAUGAAAUGUAUAAUAUGAAAAUAGUUUUAUUUAAAUAAAGGGGAAAACAAUCAAUGCCAUAAUGUUUGUGACACUGUGUGUCACUGGGAGUAGCCCAUUGGUAUUUACUAACUCUUACCGGGUACAGUAAUUAAUAUACAGGGACAUUUACCUGCUACCUACCAAUGCACAGAUACCCUGUGUGCAGCAGUAAGCAUAAUGUCCUCUCUGUACAUAGUCACACAAGUGUGUGUAUAUACAUAUACUGUAUAUAUAUAGAAAGCAAGAUGUAAAUGUAACAGUUACUUCAGUUGUUCAGAUACCUAAAUAAUUUCUGUGUUGUACCCUGUGCACCUUGGACAAGUGCAUCUAGUUCCUCUUAGCUGACGUAUCUGCUUUAUGCUAUUUUAAUCAGAAUUUCAAUAUUUUUGAAUAUAUUUUGCCUAUAAUUAACACGCCAAAGUUUUUCUUGGGUGGCUUUGUCAAAUGUAAAUUUUUACAUUUCAACUCACGGGUUGUCAUGCAAUGACUUAUAUAUUACGAAGGUCAGAAAUAUUUAUUUUCGAUGUACUAUAAACUAAGAGUAAAUUAACACCAAACACAAAUCUGUGUCUAGUCUGACAUUUGAAAAACGGUUAAAAGAAAAAGAAACAGUUCAAUCUGUUAAUGACGGAUUGUUAUGUGCCAAAUGACGUCACCAGCAUGAAGCAGAUGAGUGUAUCACAGGCAGCCUGAUGCUGGCUGUUAAAUUCAGUGUCAGUUUCUACUCAGAUUUAUGUUUCAUGUUCAAUGUUCUUUCAAGAUACUGAUGCUUUUCAGACCUAAAUUCAUUGAAGUGUUUGGCAGUUGAUUUAAUGACUAACCCUGUAUGUUGGCAGAGCAAAGCUGUGUUGAAAUGUGAUUAAUAUUGAGUUAUUCACCAAUUGUAAGUUAACGAUUUUUGGUGUCUGAGGCCAUUUAGCAUUUGACCACUGCUAUUUCCAACACUGAUAACAUUACUUUGGGAAGAGAAUCGGUUGUUAAUGGCUAAGAUCAAGACCAAAGGGAUAAUUGGAACAAACACAAACAGGUAAUUUAGUGUAUAACAGUAUAGUUCACAAAUUGAAUAGUUGGUGCAGGAAAAUGCUUUGACAGAGGCGCACACAUUUUAACACUGACUGUACAUAUAAACAGUGUAAUACUCAGGUUACAGACAUUUUAAAUCACUUGGUUGUUUUCUAGUUCUGAGAAAGGGAUGGGUUACCUUGCUGAAGUUGUGUUGGUCUCCUACAGACUGUGUGUGUCUGCGAUGUGAAAAGGGAAAUAUAAAAAGCAAGUUUUUUUUGUGUUGUGAUGAUCUGCAGUAUUGUAAUCCACAUUAACUGGAGGAAAUUGCUUUUAUAGACCAAAAUAUAAGGAUAGAUUAUUUGGGUCUGUGGGCUCAAAUAAAAUGUAAGUCUUAAUGACAAAAUGUGUUUCUCCCAAUAAAUAAAUAAAAGCUGUUCAAGCUG